AUACCGUUAUAAUUUAGGCAAAAUUUGCGAUAAUUAAGAUUGAUUUAUAUUUUAAGCGGUUACUAAUUCCAUUACUCGUGCGCUCUAAAACAUAUUGUUUCCUCUCAAAUUCCCGCGUUCGGCAUAAAAAAGAUUAUUUAUAUAGCAAAGCUCUCUUUAAUCAUACAUGCACUACGCUACAGAGCUUUUUAACCUAAGAACUUUGGGUGCUGUUAAGUGAGUCAAGAUUUGUUUUCCAAUCUAAAUUGAGAAAUCGCAACAGUUGGAAUCUACGGAUUGGCAAUGAAUAGAUGGAGGGUUACUUAACCGCUGUGUUUCUCUCUCGCAUCUUCUGAUGGCACUCUCACAGAUUGUGACCGUUCACAAAAUCAGUAAAAUCAGUCCCACAUAAAAGAAUAGAGAAAACGAAUAAGAAAUCAAAAUGAAAAACAAAUCGUGGUUGUUGCAGCAGCAGUCAAGUCUUGGCCGUAGAUGGAAAUCAGAUUCAUAUUUUGUUCAUGGUGGCAGUGGCCACUAAAGCAGUGAUUAUCAUUUUACAGUUAGUCCGCAACAAGAUGCCAAUGUAACCAUGCCAACAAGAUUCCUCACAAGAAAGCAAAUAUAAUAACGCAAGUGUAAAAAUUGUUGCUUAAAAAUUCUCAAAACGAUUAACCAAAAAUUUAAAUAAAAAAUUUCUGUAAAAAUUUAAAAACUUUCCAUAAGCAGUGCGCGUUUUAAAAAUUUGCGUUCAAAGGAAAUUGUGUUACUGUGAUAAUUUUUAAUUGAAAAAACAAAAAAAAAAAACAAAAAAAGACGAAUGGAUAUAACAAAAGCGAAUGCAUUGGCACAGACAUCAACCAUCAGCAGCAUGACUACUAGCACCAACUCUCACUUACCGCUCGACUAUAGCUUGGGUAAUUUUAAGCCAGCUAUUGCUUCCGAUUUUCCAGGCCCUUUUGUCAGUUCCACGCAGCCUGCAUUGCAAUUACGCGAUAUUAAUGUGUUAACUACAAUGGCAGCCACAAUACCUUCACCCAAUCAGUUAUUACAACACCGAGUGCAACACCAGCAACCGCAAAGUGCUAAUGAUUCCCAACAGCAACAACAACAGGAUUAUCAACCCGUAUCGGCUUUUAGAGCCGUUUUACCUAAAAAGAAAACAACCGCCGACGAUGAAUUAACUUUCAGUAUAAAUCGUUUAGUAAAAACUGAACAUCUUCAAGUUCAUACGGUAGCGGUAGCUGCAGCCGCAGCUGCUGCAGUAGCAGCAAAUGCAACACAAACUGCCCCAGGAGUCAGUGGAAAAUUAAUCAUGGACCAUGAAACGAACAACAAUAAUAUCUCAAUGUUAAGCAAAAAUUCUAUACUGCAUUGGAAACUAGAACCUAACGAGCAUCAUCAUAAUCAUGAAACCAAUCAACAAUUGGCCCUUGAUUCCCUCGAAGAGGCGAAACAUUACGAAAGGGCAUCACGCUCGAGAUCACGUAGUCAUUCUCGAUCAUCGUCUUCACAAAUAGAUUUAGAUGAUGAUGACGAAAGUAAUUGCCGACCUUCCCUACAAUCACGUUCACGUUCAAGGUCUCGUUCGAGUUCAGUGGAAUUAGAAGUCGAUUCACCACCGAGUUCACCAGUGCCAACUAGAAUUAUAUCGCGACCCUCUAGCAUUAACGCCAAUAAUAUAGUUGCAGUAACGGAUGUGCUAAGCGGUACUCGGACAAGUCCAAAAAAAUCAGAAAUGUUUUCGGUGUCAGCGUUGCUGCGUAAAGAAGAUCCCCGCAAAGCCGAAUCUCGACUUGCGGCACAUUCCCAUGGACCGGAUCCUUUUGAAGCUUUUCGCCAGGCUUAUCCUAGUGGCUAUGAAGCAGCCUUGUUUCAAAGACCCUUGUUACCGCCCGCGUUCCCUUUUUUUGCCGCAUUCGCUUUUCAUCAAGGACAACAGCAAUCUGGCUUGAGCUCUAACUACCAUCCUGCCUCACAAGAAGAUUUCUUCAGACUACGCAACUUAAUGGUCCCUCUGCAGACAGCGCAAAACGGUGCAGCGACGACGGCGGGAAUAGCUGGGCAUGGUGGCAAUGGCUUGCCGCCGAAUUCUAGUUUGGGACUGCCGCACCCAGCCGCUCAUUUACAUUUUCACCAUAUGGCCGCCGCCAAAUGGUCUGGCUUGCCUCAAUUUAGUGACCUUUACUCAUGCAUGAAAUGCGAAAAGAUGUUUUCCACCCCGCAUGGUCUCGAAGUCCAUUCACGGCGUACACAUCAUGGCAAAAAACCCUAUGCCUGCGAACUAUGCAACAAAACCUUUGGCCAUGAAGUUAGUCUAAGCCAACACAGAGCCGUGCAUAAUGUGGAAAAAGUUUUUGAAUGUAAACAGUGCGGUAAACGUUUUAAACGUUCAAGCACGUUGUCAACGCAUCUGCUCAUACAUAGCGAUACAAGACCUUUUCCCUGCAAUUAUUGUGGUAAACGAUUUCAUCAGAAAAGUGACAUGAAGAAACACACUUACAUACAUACAGGUGAGAAGCCGCACAAGUGCCAAGUUUGUGGCAAAGCCUUCAGUCAAAGUUCAAAUCUCAUAACACAUUCCCGCAAACAUACCGGCUACAAACCAUUCUCAUGUAAGCUUUGCCAUAAAUCGUUUCAACGCAAAGUGGAUUUAAGACGUCACAAGGAAACUCAACAUACAGAUUUACGACCGUUACUUGAACGAAAUAUGGGUAAAGUGGAGUUUCUGGCUGCGGCGGCUGCCGCCUCCGCAGCUGCUGCUGCAACUUCCGAUCAACAGAACAGUGCUAUACAGCACGGUGUAAUGCACAGUACAACAGUAUCGGCAACAACAGCCUCAACGACUACACCAGCGUCUGUAGCUGUCGCAAAUGCUGCAAUUAAUGCACAAUUGUCAGCAAUGAAUUGUCAAAAAGUAUCAUUGUUAGUAUAACACCAACACCAGCAGCCUCAAUAUCCUCAUCAUCAUCAUCAGCAUCAUCCUCAUUCUCAGCAACAAUUUCAGCCUUCAUUACCGGUACAACGCGUAAUCGUGAUGCCUUCUCACAUGUAGCAGGGUUUAUAACGACAACAAGAAGAACCACGCUGACCAACCAACCAACAAACGCGUGCAAUAUUGAAUAAUACUCCAGAGAAAAUGCAAAAUUUCACACAAUUUAAGUCUUAGACGCAAAAUACCAAAGAAAUUUAAUAGAAGAUAACACAUAUAAGCAAAAAAAUAUUUGAAAGAGGGAACUAUAUUAUAUGUCUUGGCCAUCAAUCAAACCUCAUAUCAAAGAGAAAAAAAUCAAAAUUAAAAUCUAAUAAUAAAAAAAAUAUUAAAGUAAAGGGUGUCCCUACAACCAGAACAAGAAAAUUACACGUGAAGAGCUCAGAUUUAAAAUUUUUUUUAGAAAAUAUUCAUAUAUUUAUACCUUUGCCAAUAUGAUGCAGCGAAUCAUCUUGUUGUUGACUCAGUGAAUACCUUUUAAAAAGAAGAAGAGCAUAUAUAUGUAGUAUAUUUCUAGUUAAUAAUAACCCUAUAGUUCUCGAAUCUCCCAGCCUAGCUUUGGGAAUUUUUUUAAGCUUCUAGACAACCUCUGCCUGUUUUCACAUUGCUUAAUAGCAAUUUGAAUUGAUUAAAUUUGAAAACCUUCUAAGAGUCGUCCGCAAGCUUGAGGUUUGCUUUUCUUUAUUCCCCGCGUCAUAGUUAUGUUGGCUAAUAUCGAAUCGUUGCCAAUCAAAUGAUACGUCAGUACACUGCGUUCUAUUGUUGCCUAUAAUCUGAACAACUAUUUGCAAUUUAAGCAAUUUAUUGAUCUCGGACUUACUUUUGCAUUUCUUGGCGCCUUUUGUAAGCCAAUUUCAUUUGAAACUCAUUUGAUUAUUUGAUCUCAAACCCAAGCAAUCUCUCGCGUUCUAAUUAAUACAACUCAGGAUUUAUAAAAAGAUUUUGUUUGUGGUGGAGGGAAUCACAAAUAAGGAAGCAGCGAACGCAAAGUCUUUUUUUCGCCUAUGAACGUUUGAAUUGCUGUUCUGCAUUUCUUAGUGAUAAAUGUUAGUACCAACUUUUACAUUACCACCUGCCAUAGAUUAGCUACAAUCUUGCCAAACAUUCGCUUUUGGAUUAAAUUUUAGCUCUCGGUUCCGAAUUUUGUUUCUUUUUUUUUUACUUUAUCUAAUUAAGAGAUCGGUCAAUAAGCUCGUAGGAUGACUAUUGACAAAUAAUAGUCCGUGGCGCAGAUUCCGAAUUCUGCAUAAGUGUACUUUCUCUAAAUAACACAUCGCUCAGUAGAUUUGUAAGAUGACGUAUAGAUGUCGCCAGAUGACUAUUUGUCAAUCCUACAUCUGCACAUCGUUCUACGAAUAUAUUGAGUGAUGUGAUAUAUACAUAAGACAAUGGAAGGCUAGCUGGACGAAUAAAUAAAGGAUAUCUUACGCUUUCUAAUUAUUUUAUCAAUCGGGAGUUAUUUCAAACAGUACCGUUGGUAAAUUUUAGAAAUUUUUAUAAACUUUUCUGGGUCACCCUAAUUACUUGCGAAUUUGAAUUAUAUAUGGAUAAGACAAAAGGAAAGCAAACGAAUUGUUAAAAUUUGUAUAAAUG